AUUUAAUCUGACGUGGGAACCUGAAGAGCGAAGAACUUGCAUCUAGCUGCUCGUUUAUAGCAAACCUAGAUAUGCAGGUCGCCGGAGAAGUGUACUUGCAGCUGCUGGCUCACUUGGCUGAGGUGGUCCGCGCCGUGGAGAAUCACCCUGCAGGGCGGGCCGUGAAGAGCCGUGGUCUGCUUGCGCUGUCUUGGCUCCAAGGUUUGUCGGGCCGAGUGCGCGAGGUUGGUGACGAGGCGCUGAAGCGGGGGGCCGCGGCGCUGGUAGCUCCGUCGUCUCUCGUGGACGUCGCCUCCCAGGUCCUGGCAAAGGGCAGGACUGUCCCGGCGUCCAUCUGCUCCUCCGCCUACUGCGCGGCUGUGGACUCCGGCAGCCAGCUGGUCGAUGCUCUUCGAGCACGCUGGCAGCAAGUUGACCAAUUAGGCGGGAAGAUGCAUGCUACCGAAGUUAAGGAAGAGGUGGCUGCGAUCAGCGGAGCAGGAGACGGGGUCUCUGGCGCGGGUAGUGUCCGGUCGUCUCCGGCAAAGUCCGCCGCCGGCAGCCCUGCCGAGGACCUCACCACGCCCCGGGAGUCCUUGCAGAGGACUCCCUCGUCCUGCGCGGCGGAGGAGCAGGAGCCGGGUCACGUCACUCUCGGCUCCGCGCGGCAGCACGGCAAGAGGUUCUCGGUCCUCUUCAAGCGCUAUUCGGCGGCGCAGGCGGGCGGCGACCCACUCUAGUAGCUGGCGGCGCAGUAACAGAUACUGUACACUUGCCAUGUUUUCCGUGUCUUUUAACAAUUAUAUAAUCAGUAGGUAUUUCAAGUUCUUAAAAAGCGCAUAGUCAUUUAAAAUGUUUUACAAGUAGUGUAAAAUACGAUUUUUAACAGGCCUUAAAAGGCGCUUAGUAAUUGAAAAUGUUUGCAAAUACUGUAAAAUUAUUUAAAUAUGUAUACAAUAUGUAAAUAUGGUUUGUAAAUACUGUAAAAUUAUAUAAAUAUGUAUACAAAAUGUAAAUGUUAUUAUAUUAAAGUAAAUUUGUAAAA